GACUGAGAUGUUGCAAUGAUCAUGGCCGCGCAAGUGGUUUCAGCUGCAGCUCCGACCACUAAUGCUAACAAUAAGGGGAAAAACCAAGGUCUCACUGGCCUUAAUCAGGACCUGAACCCGGGGGGGACAGCAACGGGUACUGGAUCUAUUUCUGGAUUGGGCGAUGGGACCCCCAACAGCAGCAUGAACAACAAUAGUGUGGAUCACCUUCACCACCACAAUCUUCUGAACCACCAUCUUCACCACCACCAUCACCACCUUGAAGGCAGCAUGGCCAAUGCAACCUCGUUAUCAUCUUCAUCCUCAUCAUCUUCUUCCUCCACCACUAAUAACACCAACAAUAAUAGCAGCAGCAGCUCAGACACGGGACUGAAGGAAGGGAGGAACUCUGCAGUGUCUCCCCAUUAUCAGGCUAUGGAGAUGGGUGGUGGGAUCCCCAACCACAAACUGAAGGGUAGUGGUGGGGACUACCUUGCACCCAUUGCUCACCCACUUCACCACCAUCCCCACCACCCUCAGCAGCACCCUCCCCACCACCCCAACCAUCCACCCCAGCAACACAAUCAGCUGCUGCCUCAGCAGCAACUAGCAGGGGCAGCACAGCAACCAAACCCGAGUAAAAACAGCCCUGGAGGAGGCAGUAGCAGCAGCAGCGAACCGUCAGACAUGGAAAAUCAGCAGCAGCAACAACAUGGUGGUGUAAGGGAAGAGAGCUGUAAUAACGCUGGUGCAGCAGGAAAGGACGUUGCUUUGGUUAAUCAGGGCGACCCCCAGCCUAGGAGGGCUGGCAAGGCAGGGGAAGAGGAUGAUCUGCAGGGGAAAAUGAUGACUGGGGAGCCCAUGAGCGGUCGGUAUGAUCAUGCGAUGCUAGGAGCGGGGCAGCCGCAAACGAACAGCAGCACCAGCAGCAAUAAUAAUAAUAACAACAACAUCAGUGGCAACGGGGGGUCCUCUUCUUCAUCUUCCUCCUCUUCUUCUUCUUCGUCGGUGUCUGAGUUUAAUAAUUAUUAUGGCAGUGCAGCAAACAGAACGGGGCCUUGCUUUGAUCAACAUGGCAGACAACAAAGCCCUGGGAUGGGGAUGAUGCACUCCGGAUCUGCGGCCCCCAGCAGCACCAUGGACCCCAUGCAGAACUCCCAUGAAGGUUAUGGCAGCAGCCCCUAUGACCACUACCAGGGAUACGGCAGGGCCGGCGCUGCUGCUGCAGGAGGAGGAGGAGCAGGAGGCUAUGGCAGCUCAGCCCCUGGAUAUGGGGUACUGAGCUCCCCAAGACACAGCAGCUCCAGCAACCCAAGUAGCAGCAACAUAAUGAUGGGGGCAGGGGGUGGCAGCCAUGGCAAAGCACCAAGUGCUUCCAACGCAGGGGGCUUCCAGAGGUACCAGGGACAGAACCAGCACCCAUCAGGGGCUACCCCUACUCUUAAUCAGCUUUUGACUUCCCCAAGCCCCAUGAUGAGAAGCUAUGGAGGGAGUUACCCCGACUAUAGUAGCCCCAGUGCCCCCCAGCAGCAAUCGUCAAGCAGCCAGCAGCCCGGAGGUAUGGGAAUGGGCAAAGACAUGGGGUCCCAGUAUGGAGCUGCAAACACAGGCUGGGGAGCACAACAAAGGAAUCAUCCAGCUAUGAGCCCUGGAAGCACUGGCCAGAGCAUCAGCAGAUCACAGGGUAGCCCAAUGGAUCCAAUGGCAAUGAGGAGACCUCAGCUUUAUGGAAUGGGCAGUAGCCCUUACACCCAGACGCAUAGCAGUCCAUACCCUGGCCAGACCUAUGGACCUCCUGGACCACAAAGAUAUCCUGUAGGAAUACAGGGACGUACUCAAGGUGCUAUGGCAGGAAUCCAAUAUCCACAGCAACAGAUGCCGCCUCAGUACGGUCAGCAAGGUGUAAGUGGCUACUGCCCACAAGGCCAACAGCCAUAUUACAACCAGCAGUCGCAGCCUCAGUACCCGCAGCCCCAGGCUCAGUACAUGUCGCAGGCUCAGCAGCGGUACCAAGCCCAGCAGGAAGUGUCCCAGGAAGGUUAUGGAAACAGACCACAGCCUCCUUCAAUGACUCCAGGGAAGACCAACCAUGAAGACUUGAAUCUAAUUCAGCAAGAAAGGCCAUCAAGCUUACCGGACUUAUCUGGCUCCAUUGAUGACUUGCCAACUGGGACAGAAGCAACACUUAGCUCUGCUGUCAGCGCCUCGGGUUCUACAAGCAGUCAGGGGGACCAGAGUAAUCCAGCGCAGUCACCCUUCUCACCUCAUGCCUCGCCACAUCUUCCCAGCAUCCAAGGUGGAGGUCCGUCACCAUCCCCUGUGGGGUCACCUGUCGGAAGCAACCAAUCACGAUCAGGGCCAAUAUCUCCUGCAAGCAUCCCUGGAAGCCAGAUGCCUCCUCAGUCAUCAGGGCAGUCGGAAUCCAGUUCCCGUCCUUCCUUGAGCCAGUCACCAAUGCCACAAGAACGAGGCUUCAUGUCUGGUGUGCAGAGGAAUCAUCAAAUGUCCCAGUAUGGACCUCAACAAACUGGGCCUUCUAUGUCUCCCCACCCAUCACCUGCAGGACAAAUGCAUCCUGGCAUGGGCAGCUUUCCACAGGGCAAUGCUAGUGGCAACUAUGGGCCCCAAAUCAACCAGUAUGGACCUCAAGGCAAUUACUCGAGGCCCCCAUCAUACACUGGAGUACCAAACGCAAGCUAUAGUGGACCAGGCCCAGGCAUGAACGCCAACAGCCAGAUGCACGCACAAGGACCCAGCAUGGGCAGAAUGCCAGGAAGUGGAAUACAAAGCAGACCCUAUCCUGGGAACAUGGGCAAUGUAACCCCCAACUCUCCUGGCAUUUCACAGCAGGGAGGCCCAGGGAUGGGACCACCCAUGCCCACCGUGAACCGCAAAGCACAGGAGGCAGCUGCUGCAGUGAUGCAGGCCGCAGCUAACUCUGCUCAGAACAGGCCACCAUACAUUAGGUCGCCUGCUUAUCCCAGCCAGUCUGGGGCUGGCGGACGUCCCAUGUUUUCCUCACAGCAUCCAAACUACGGCAACGCUCAGGUUCCAAUGAUGCAUCAGCCUGAUCAGUACGGGCAAAGCGGGUAUCCUGGUAUGAACCAGAGUGGGCUUAUGGGGUCAAAUUCACCAUAUAACCAGUCAAUGAAUAACAGCGGUGGUAUGAUGAACCCACAAGCAUCCCCAUACAACAUGAUGAACAGCUCCUCAGGACAUAUUAGUCUUGGAGACAUGAUGAAUACUGGUGACUCCAAACUCCCUGCUUCACUCAAACUUGACAGCAAAGAAGAUGGCCCACCACCACCUGAACCCAAACCAAAGGAUAGCUACAGCUCCCAGUGUAAUUCACAGCCCCCAACCCCAGGCAUCCUGCCAGUCCCCUCCCCACUGUCCCCAAGCUCUGCUAGCAUCUCCUCCUUUCUUGGAGAUGACAGUGAUAACAUAAACAGCCCAGGCUGGCCAAAGACUCCAUCAAGCCCUAAAGCAAACUCCUCCACAUCCACCGGAGAAAAGAUUACAAAGCUGUACGAGUUGGGAAAUGAACCAGAGCGUAAGAUGUGGGUGGACCGGUACCUCACUUUUAUGGAAGAAAGAGGAACUCCUGUUGCAACCCUUCCAGCAGUUGGGAAAAAGCCCCUUGAUCUGGUCAGGCUCUACUUCUGUGUGAAAGAAAUUGGAGGCUUAGCCCAGGUUAAUAAAAACAAGAAGUGGAGAGAGUUGGCGACCAAUCUCAACGUUGGCACCUCCAGCAGCGCAGCCAGUUCCCUGAAAAAGCAGUACAUACAGUACCUGUUUGCCUUUGAAUGCAAGAUAGAGAGAGGGGAGGAGCCUCCUCCGGAGAUCUUUAAUCCUGGAGAGUCUAAGAAACAGGCUAAGAUCCAGCCGCCAUCUCCUGCUAACUCUGGAUCCCUCCAAGGCCCUCAUACUCCCCAGUCCACUGGCAGUAAUUCCAUGGCGGAGAUGCCAGGUGACCUUAAACCACCGACACCUGCCUCAACACCUCACAGUCAAAUGCAGCCCAUAAGUGGCAGGAACAAUGCAGUUAAUGUCCAAGAUCCUUUCUCUGAUGCUAGCGAGUCAACUUUCCCAAAACGCAAUUCUAUGACGCCCAAUACUCCUUACCAGCAGGGUAUGAAUUUGCCAGACAUGAUGGGACGAAUGUCUUAUGAACCCAACAAAGAUCCAUUUGGUGCUAUGAGAAAAGUACCUGGAAGCAAUGAGCCUUUUUUGCCCACUGGCCAAAUGCAGGAUAUGUACAACCAGACUCCCUCUGGGGUUAUGCCCAACAUGAGUAUGAGUCAGCGCCAGCAAUUCUCCUAUGGACCCGGAGGCUAUGAUAGAAGGGCAGAAUACAGUAUGGGCACCGAAGGCAGUAUGGGGCCUCCAGCUCAAAACAACAUGGUUCCUUCUAACAAUGAUCCUAGCUUGUAUUCCCCAAACCGUUAUCCUGGACAGCAAAGACACGAGUCUUACGGGCAGCCUUAUCCAGGCCAAGGGGCUCCUUCAGGACAACCAACUUUUGGCGGACACCAGCCAGGAAUGUAUUCCCAACAACAAAACUACAAGCGCCAUGUUGAUGGGAUGUAUGGCACUCCUUCUAAACGGCAUGAUGGGGAAAUGUAUAAUAUGCAAUAUGGCAGUCAACAGCAAGAUAUGUAUAACCAGUAUGGCAACACUUAUUCUGGACCUGACAGAAGGCCCAUUCAAGGACAGUAUCCCUAUUCAUAUAACAGAGAGAGAAUGCAAGCACCAGGACAAAUGCAGCAUACAGGAAUGGGAGCCCAAAUAAUGGGAGGACCUAUACAGUCAUCCACAAAUGAUGGUCCUCCACAAAACAUGUGGACAUCACGUAGUGACAUGCAUUAUCCAUAUCAAGGCAGACAAGGCCCUGGAGGCUCGACACAGCCGGGAUCAUACCAGUCCAUGAGCCGAUCUGAUGAUAUCAUGGGACCUGAUCAAAGGAUGAAUCAUGAAAGCCAGUGGCCAUCAUCUCACUCUGGCCAGCGCCAGCCUUCCUACAUGUCACCCUCUACAACCAUGCAGCCAAUUACCAGAGCUCCACCUUCAUCUUAUCAGACUCCGCCAUCAAUGCCAAAUCAUAUUUCCAGGGCCCCCAGUCCAGCUUCUUUCCAGCGCUCUUUAGAAAAUCGUAUGUCUCCAAGCAAGUCUCCUUUUCUGCCUUCUAUCAAGAUGCAGAAGGUUAUGCCAACAGUUACAGCUUCUCCGAGUUCUGGGCCACCGCCAGCUCAAGCAUCUCCAAGGCGUGAAAUUUCCUUUCCACCAGGGUCCGUUGAAGCAACUCCACCAAUACUGAAGGCCAAACGAAAGAUUACCUCAAAAGAUAUUGUAACACCUGAAGCAUGGAGAGUCAUGAUGUCCCUGAAAUCUGGUCUUUUGGCUGAAAGCACUUGGGCUUUAGACACAAUUAAUAUCCUGCUUUAUGAUGACAGCACUGUGGCUACGUUUAACCUCUCUCAGCUCCCUGGCUUUCUAGAGCUUUUAGUAGAAUAUUUUAGAAAAUGCAUCAUUGACAUCUUUGGGAUACUGAAGGAAUAUGAGGUUGGUGAACCAGUUGUAAAUGCUCUUGAACACAGCUCAGAUGGUGAUCAGUCUUCAAUGGAGGAGGAUGUUGAAAUGGAUUAUGUUGGGGAUGAGGAUGAGAAAGCUAGCAAACCAGCUGAUGAGGAGGAAAAACAUAACAUAAAAGUGGAGGGAAGGCUGUAUCCUUCUGAGAAAUCUGAUGUGCGCACAGACAAAUGUGAAAAACCAAAGCAAGCUAGUAAAUUUGACAAGUUGCCAAUCAAGAUUGUGAAGAAGAAUAAUCGCUAUGUCAUUGAUAAAUCUGACAAGCUUGGACGUGUGCAAGAAUUCAUUAGUGGACUCCUUCACUGGCAGCUUGGUGGUGGUGACACAACAGAGCACAUCCAAACUCACUUUGAAAGCAAAAAGGAAAUUCCAUUUUGCAGGCGAUCUACAUCCAUUAAUAGCCCUCCAUGCAAAAAGAAAAAAUAUGAAAUAAUUAACAGAGAUACUGAAGAUCUGCCAGAGAAAAGCAUAACUGCAACUAUUGACGAUGUCCUCUCUGCCAGGCCAGGAGCAUUGCCUGAGGACUCAAAUAAUCAAUGCUUACAGACAGAAAGCAAUAAGCUUUCAUUAGGUAUUCACCAAGCCAAACAUCAUAGGAAUAUUACAUUACUGGAAGAUGAACCGAGAAGCAGAGAUGAGACUCCAUUAUGUGUCAUAGCUCAGUGGCAGGACUCUUUGGCCAAGCGCUGCAUGUGUGUGUCAAAUAUUAUCCGUAGCUUGUCCUUUGUGCCUGGUAAUGACAAUGAGAUGUCAAAACACCCAGGCUUAAUGUUGAUUCUUGGGAAACUGGUCCUUCUUCACCAUGAACAUCCAGAGAGAAAACGAUCACCACAGACAUAUGAAAAAGAGGAGGAUGAAGACAAGGGUAUGAGCUGCAGCAAGGACGAGUGGUGGUGGGACUGCCUCGAGGUGCUGAGGGAAAAUACAUUGGUAACACUAUCCAAUAUCUCUGGACAGCUAGACUUGUCUGCUUACACAGAAAGUAUUUGUUUGCCAAUAUUAGAUGGCUUACUACACUGGAUGGUGUGCCCAUCUGCAGAGGCACAGGAUCACUUCCCAACAGUUGGACAAAAUUCAAUCCUUUCUCCUCAGAGACUUGUAUUGGAAACCUUGUGUAAACUCAGUAUACAGGACAACAACGUAGACCUUAUAUUGGCUACACCACCAUUCAGCCGCCAAGAAAAACUGUACGCAACUUUAGUUAGGUACGUCGGGGAGCGCAAAAAUCCUGUGUGUCGAGAAAUGUCUGUGGCGCUGCUUUCGAACCUUGCUCAGGGGGAUAGUGUGGUAGCAAGGGCCAUUGCAUUGCAGAAAGGAAGCAUUGGGAACUUAAUAAGCUUUUUGGAGGAUGGUGUCACUAUGGCUCAGUAUCAGCAGAGCCAACAUAACCUCAUGCACAUGCAACCUCACCAUAUGGAGCCACCUAGCAUAGACAUGAUGUGUAGGGCUGCUAAGGCUUUACUGGCCAUGGCCAGGGUAGAAGAAAACCGUUCUGAAUUCCUUUUGCACGAAGGCCGUCUCCUGGAUAUCUCCAUAUCAGUUGCCCUGAACUCUAUGGUUGCCUCUGUCAUCUGUGAUGUACUCUUCCAAAUAGGGCAGUUAUGACAACAGUACGAAGCCAAAAAUGUGUAAUGAGAGAGUAGCAAGUAACAUGUAAUUGGCUAUUUUUCUGUUUCUUUUACCAAGAAUGGAAGGAAGAAGAAAAAACUAAUUAAAUAAAAAGAAAAAAAAAAGAGAAGAAACUUAAAAAGGCAUUGCUCUUAAUAUCCAGUCUUUAUUAAAUAAUUGGAAAUUCUAAGAAACAUUUAAUGAGCUAUGAAAAUAAAUAUUGAAAUAUUGCUGUUUGUGUAUACUUUCAAGUUAGUUUUUUUGUUUAUAUUUUAUUUCCCCCCUUUCCUUACGUAGCCAAUUUCGGUGAAUGUUUCAGUUGCA